AUGACACGGGCUUUCCCCUCCAGCCGGGUUUCUGUGUACAGCAUACCAGCUCCAUACGACUCUGAGCAGACUGCGGGGCAGGAAAGUCCGCAUAUUCACUACUGCCCUCCCUACCAAGGGGGCUUGUGUCAGAAGUACCGUCUCUUUGAAUGGAUGAGGUUGUGUUUCUGGAGAAGAUGGCUUCUAGGAAUAUUGCUUAUAGUUUCUUUAAUAGUUACAGUAAUUGUGCUAGUCCUGCACUAUUCGUUCUCUCCAGCUUUCUCUUUUAUUUAUAUUGGUGGAAGUGUAGAAAUUCCUAACAUGACUUACACAAAUUACCUCAAUGAUCCAAAGUCACAGAAAUUCCUCCUGCAAGCAGAAGCAAUCCAAAAUUAUUUUGCAGAAUCAUAUAAGUCUUCCUCCUUGGGAAAGUACUACUUGAAAUCUGAAGUCGCUGCUUUCAGUGAAGGAGAGUCUGGACUUCGAGCUUACUACUGGAAUAUGUUCUGGGCACCACAAGAUAUGGUUGCUUCUCUUAAAAAAUUAACACCAGUGGAAAGACAAGAAAUCAGUAGUAAACAAGUAGCUCACAUGUUCAGUUCCUCUGGGGAAGAUGAUUUUGAUCUUAUGACAAUGGAGCUUUUUGUUUCAGAUUCCACAGAAUAUGAUGUGAUGCUAAAAUCAGCAGUAUCCUUUGACCUGUACGCCAAGCCAGGUAACAACAGGACUCUAACUCUGAUGAAUCCCAAAAAGUCUUUUUAUCAAUGGAGGCUGCGAGUUCCUUCUAACUAUGUGGUGAGACUGGUAGUUAUCACUUUGCAUGGUGUCACUCCAGAGAGCUGUGCAUCACACCACUUAUCAGCAUAUGAUUUCCUUCUUCCUCUGCAGAACAAGAUCAUUACAAGAUGGUGUGGACCUGGGGCCUGGACUCCUCCUCUUGUACGUUUAACUUCAUCAAGUAAUGUAAUGUUGCUUACCUUCUCUCUGGACCGAAGAGAAGAAAGCAACUUAUUAAAAGCCCACUUUCAAGCCAUUCCUAAAAUUAUGUGUGGUGGUCAUUAUAUUUCCUGGAAUGGGACACUGAGUUCCCCUUAUUACCCAAGUUACUACCCACCAAACAUUGACUGCAGCUGGAUCAUCAGAGCACCAUUGCCUGGUUACAAGCUCUCAUUAAAAAUCUUCAUAAUACAAAUUCAAGAGAAGUCUCCAGGGUCCAGUAAAUGUGAUAAAGACUGGUUAGAAAUUGAUGGGGUUAGAUACUGUAAAGCUCUUUCAGAAAACAACAGAAACAGGGAAUAUGGCUAUUCUGUCACAAUCAACUUCCAUUCUGACGAACUGGUCACCCACAGAGGGUUUUAUAUUGAAUACAAAGCCUUCAGUCACACAGAUC